AUGUAUUUGUUAAAUACAAGCAACAAGCUCAGGAGGACGCAGCAGGCACUCGACCUCAUCAGCGGGAAAUGCCAGGACCUGGGGCUCAAGAUCUCGGCAGAGAAGUCCCGGGCCAUGAUGGUGAAGGCGGCAGACCCAACCUGGCAGCUCCGCGUCCAGGGAGUUGAGCUGGCAUGGACCAACUCCUACCAGUACCUCGGUGUGUGGGUGGACAAGCGGCUGUCCUUCACAGCCCACGCCGCCUACCUGAGGGAGAGGACGCAGUCUAGGCUGAACGUGAUGCGGGCCAUGUCGCGAAUCAGCGCGGGCGCCACUGUUUCCGUCCUGCGCCAGUACUACGUGCACGCUGUUCGCUCGCUGGUGGAUUACAGCGCCCCCGUCCUCAUAGCACUCUCUCCAAACCAGCAGGAGCGGAUCGAGGUGCUACAAAACACCGCAAUGAGGACCAUGCUGGGGGCACCGAGGUGGUCCAGCGCAUGCGUCAUGCAGAGCGAGACCAGACUGGUACCCCUCACCACCAGGGUACAGCAGAUCACGGCCUGCCGCGUAGCGAGGGUGCUGCAGCGUGACGCGGAGGGAGUGACACAGAGGAGACUGAGGCUGGCGGGGACGCAGGGCGCAGAAUCUCUCCGCCGCAACCCGUGGCUGCUGCAGUGCACGCUGGCUACCCACAACCUGGCUCGCAUGGAGAACUGGCCACAGGCGGACCUCCCUGCCCCCACCUUCCGCGCCCCACCCCCGUGGGAGCCACCCGCGGCAGAGUUCUCCGCCACACAGCUGCCCGCCAGCAAGGCGCUCUGCGCGGUGGAGGAGAUGCGGCAGCACGCCUUCAUGGCCAUGGCGCAGGUCACCGAGCCAGACAGUGUUGUGUACUACACCGACGGCUCGGCUGACCCUGACAGCGGAAGGACGGGCGCUGCUGCCAUCACCAGAGGGGCCGAGGUGUGUGAGAGGACUCCCGACCACUGCUCCACCCUGCAGACAGAACUGGUGGCCAUCCUGCUGGCCCUGGAGCACGCUCAACACCGGCGGGAGCGCACCGUGGUGCUCCACACCGACUCCAGAACGGGGCUACAGGCUCUACAACAGCCGUAUCCCAGCGACAACGUGGGCCUCGUCACCGCCAUCCUGGGUAGCCUCCAGAGCCUCGCCGCGCAGGGGCGGCGGGUGAGGCUCAACUGGAUACCCAGCCACGUGGGAGUACGGGGCAACGAGGCUGCCGACGCAGCCGCCAAGAGAGCUGCUAGUGGCCCCCAGGUGACAAGGCAUGUGCCGCCCAGCCUGAGCCAAGUGAGGGCGCGAGCCAGGCUCGCCGCAACCAAGCGCGCCCGCCACACGCACCGGCAGCUGGAAACAAGGAAGAGACAGGCAGCUUGGUACGCCUCCGCCACUGGCUACCAGUCGUUGGACGCCUCCCAGCAGCAGCCCAGAGCAGACGGCGUGUUGCUGCAACGCGUAAGGCUGGGCUACUGCACCAGGGAACAGCUGUACGACGACUUUCGGGGGCAGGUGUGCGACCACUGCGGAAGGCACAGCCGCCACCCGCUAGUGCACUACCUACUGUCCUGUCCGGCCACCGCCGCCCUCAGACCAACGCCGCCACCACCGGCCCAUCCUGUAGGCGGUGAUCUCCUCAGCAGCCGCGAGGCCAAGGCUGCCCUCAUCGUCCGCCACACGCCCACAGACCUGAUGCUGCGAGUUCUCAGGGCAGCGCCCCCGCCCCGCUGA